AUGAAAUCUCAUGAUAGUUCAAGUCCUUCGGCUCCAAAUGAUAAUGUCACUCCUUCAAAUGUUAGUGAGUCUCAAGCUCCUUUAAAUGCUAGCGUUUCUCCGACUCCUCCCAGUGUUACUGUGACUCCUUUAAAUGCUAGUGUGUCUCUGUCUCCUCCAAAUGUUACUGUGACUCCUUCAAAUGCUAAUGUAUCUUCGACUCGAACUGUCCCAUUAGAGGAAAAAGAAUUGAUUUAUGAUGUUGAAAAACUUAAUCAUGAUCCUGCAAAAAGAGACAGUAUAAUGAAAUAUCCUCCAAAUGAGCGAGAUGCAGUCAGGAGAGCAUAUAUUCUUAAAAAGCCUUAUAAUGCCACCGAGGUGACUAUAAGAGAGUAUGACAUUCGUUUGAAGGCUUCAAUUUCAUGUUUGCGUUAUCUACUGCGACAAGGUUUGGGUUUUCGUGGACAUAGAGAAAAUAGUGAAUUCCUUAACAGAGGAAAUUUCCUUGAACUUCUGAAAUUGUUAAGGACACACAAUGAAGUUGUUUCAAAGGUGAAUUUGGAAAAUGCUCCCGGAAAUUGUCAAUUGAUAUCUCCAACUAUUCAAAAGGAUAUUAUCAAUUGUUGUGCUAAAGAAACAACUAAGCAAAUUGUGGAUGAACUAGGUGUUGACUAUUUUGCUAUAUUAGCCGACGAAUCAAGUGAUGUGUCCCAAAAGGAACAAUUAUCUCUUUGCCUACGCUAUGUUAAAAGAAAAACGGGACUAGUAGUGGAACGAUUCAUUGGUCUUGCUCAUGUUGGUGAUACCACAGCCUUGUCUCUUAGAAGUGCAAUUAUAUCAUUGCUUAUGGAACAUUCAUUGAGUCCAUCUAAGAUUCGAGGACAAGGAUAUGAUGGGGCUAGUAACAUGAAGGGUGAGAUACACGAACUGAAGACUUUAAUUAUGGAAGAUACUCCAAGUGCUUACUACGUCCACUGCUUCGCCCACCAACUUCAACUGACUCUAGUAGCCAUUGCCAAAAAGAACGAUGAAUGUUCUUGGCUUUUUGAUACGGUUGCAAGGUUGUUGAAUGUUGUUGGAGUUUCUUGCAAGAGAAGGGAAUUGAUUCGCGAAAUUCAAGCACAAAAACUUGCUCAAGCGUUGGAAGUUGACGAACUUGAAACAGGGUCUGGGUUAAAUCAAGAACUUGGUUUGAAGAGGCCCAGAGACACUCGUUGGAGUUCUCACUACAAAACUCUUUUGAAUGUCAUGGACCUAUUUUCUACAAUUUUUAAGGUUCUUAUGAUUAUUGGGAAGGAUGGCUCUAAAUCGGAGGAUAAGUGCAAAGUUCAGGGCAUUUUUUACUCAAUGGAGUCAUUUCACUUUGUUUUUAUGGCACUACUAAUGACUACUAUAUUUGGGUAUACUAACAAUUUGUGUCUUGCUUUGCAAAGAAGGGAUCAAGAUAUUAUUAAUGCUAUGAGGCUUGUCUCUUUAACCAAAUGUCAACUAAAGAAAAUGAGGGAGGACGGAUGGGAGAUUCACUUAAACAAGGUAAUCUUAUUUUGUAAUAAUCAUGGCAUUGCCUGUUAUAUGCCUCAUGGAAGAUCAAAACGUUUUGUUCAACAAGUUACAUAUCGUCAUCAUUUUCGCAUUGAUGUGUUUAUAGAGAUAAUUGAUUUAUUACUUCAAGAAUUUGAUAAUCGAUUUGAUGAAGUCAAUAUGGAGUUGAUCAGAUGCAUGGCUUGCUUCGAUCCUAGAGAUGGCUUCUCUUCUUUUGACAAAGAAAGUGUACUCAAACUUGCAACUUUUUAUCCUUCCGAUUUUCAAGCAUUGAUUUGA